AACAAACCCGUCGACGGCAAAGAGUUUUGCCCACACGAUGGGAUGACGUGGGGUAGCUUCACGAAACCCUUCCAUAUUAUAUUGUCUCUCCUCUUCGGUUGACCAUCUUGUCCCAUUCCCAUCCAUCCACACGGGGUUAUUUGCCCACCAUGGACGCCUUCGAGUACACUCCCAACACCGGCCGCGUGGUCUUUGGCAGCGGCACCCUGCAGAAACUGCCCGAGGAGAUCGCCCGGCUGGGCGUGACGGCGCCGCUGGUGCUCUCGACGCCGCAGCAGGUCGAGCAGGCCGAGCGGGUGAAGAGCGUUCUGGGCGGCAAAGUGGCGGGGAUUUUCAGCGAGGCGACGAUGCACACGCCGACGCACGUCACGGACAAGGCUCUGGCCUUUGCCACGGCUCACAAUGCGGAUGCCGUCGUCUCCAUCGGCGGGGGGAGCACUAUCGGCCUGGGGAAGGCGAUCAGCGUCCGGACAGGCCUGCCGCAUGUGUGCAUCCCGACGACAUACGCCGGCAGCGAGAUGACUCCUAUCCUGGGCGAGACGGCGGAGGGGGUGAAAAAGACACGCUCGGACCCGGCCAUCCUGCCGGGGACAGUCAUUUACGAUGUCGACUUGACUAUGACUUUACCUCCUGCGAUGAGCGCGACCAGCGGGGUCAACGCGAUCGCUCAUGCCGUGGAGGCGUUGUACGCCCGCAACACGAACCCGAUCAUCAAUCUGAUGGCCGUCGAAGGCACCCGGGCUCUGGCGGCAUCUCUACCUGAGAUCGUGGUAGAUUCGAGCUCACAAUCCGCCCGCUCCAAUGCUCUGUAUGGGGCCUGGCUGUGUGGCACCUGUCUCGGCAGCGUGGGCAUGUCGCUGCACCAUAAGCUCUGCCAUACCCUCGGGGGCAGCUUCAACCUGCCACACGCAGAGACACACACGGCCGUCCUGCCGCAUGCCAUUGCGUACAACGCGCCGUAUAUCCCGGAGACCUUGCAGAAGCUAGCUGCCGUGCUCCCGGGAAGCGAAGGGGACGCCAUCACAGGGCUGAAUGUGCUUCUGGACAAACUACAGGUCCAGCGCGGACUGAAGGCGUUUGGCAUGAAGGAAGAGGACAUUGAUCGCGCCGCAGAUAUCGCUGUCAGCAAUCCCUACUGGAAUCCUCGACCCAUCGAGCGAGCGCCUGUCCGGGAGUUGAUCCGCAGGAUUUGGGCGGGAGAGCCGGCGAGAGCGGACUUGUAGGGAAUAGUAAAUAGUAUUCCACAGUGGGAUAGUAUAUAAAGAAUUACACAUAUGGGUGUUGAUAGACAAGAUGUCUCUUAUACUCGAGAUGCUUGGUCCUAUAAGAUGGUCGGGAUUGACAAUCGACAUUAGAACAAACCAUUCAAUAACCCAUUUCACAUUCAAACCAUUGCACCA